ACUAUGUCACUCCACAAAUAUUUACAAAACGUUAAUUAGCUGAUUUACGGUAUCAGAUAUUGUUUAUACUAAAUUACUAUCGCAAAGUUCUUCAUACUUUAUUCAUUAAGACGAUAGUGCAAACACAACACGGAUACAACUUUGGACAUUAUAUUAAGACACUUGCUACUUUUUGCUGCUGUACAGAGACAUUGUACAUUAUAUUCAGACAAUUGUUACAUUUUGCUGCUGUUUACAUAGACAUUGGACAUUAUAUUUAGACAGUUGCUACUUUUUACUGCUGUACAGAGACAUUGGACAUUAUAUUCAGACAGUUGCUACUUUUUGCUGCUGUACAGAGAUAUGACGAUGUUUUGUAAAACUAGUUCUUAUGGAUAAUAUGGACGUUAAGGAAGAACCAAUCAAUCAAUUAAUCUUAUGGAUACUUUGCAGCCUGCCAGAAUUCGUUCAAUAUCUACUAGUAGGGAAGUUUUGGUCGUAAAUGCUUGCUUUGAUAAUCCGAUCUUUCAAGAGGAUGGAAAUAAGUUUCAAAAUGAUGAUCAUGUGAUAGCAAACGACAAGUAUCCCGGAAAUGACUACAGUUACGCUUCAGGACCAGGACGACCAACCGAAGUGCACUUCCGGAAGACAAAUCAAAGACACAAAUAUAUGCGUAUUGUUGCAACUGUAGUGAUAGCCAUUAUUCUUAUUGCCUUGAUCAUAGCUCUUUUAGUAGUGUUUGCAGGUAAAUCGGAUGAAGAAAAACCAGUAGUGCUUUUUAAAACAAGUAGGAUAUCGGGCAGUAUAAAGAUCAUCCAGGGACCAUUUUCUGUAUAUACAUCAUCAUUAAAAGACUCCAAAUCGGAGGCGUAUCGUUAUUUUUCAAAUAGUUUCGUUUAUAAAAUAAAUGCAAUAUUUCAUUCAAGUGAUUAUAGAUCUGUAUAUAAUUCAACCAUCAUCAAUUCAUUAUCAUCAGGAAGUGUAAUAGUGCAUUUUACUGUAAUAUUUAAAUCAUCUGUAGAUAUUAAAUCAUCAACAGCAGAGUCCAUAAAAUCAUUGCUCAUCACAGAGUUGGAUGAAAGUGUGUUCUUCAUAGAUAAAAACGAUGUAAAAAUAUUACCAAUAGGGCCUCCUCCAAUACAUUCGACAGUUUCACCUGGUUUAUGCCAGUCCAUAACGUUACAGCAGUGUAUCAACAAAACUGAUUAUAAAUAUACGUCUUUCCCGAACUUUGCUGGACAUAAUAAUCAAAAAGAACUAACGGAUAAUUUAGAACAAUUUGAUGAUUUCUUAAAUAACCCAUGCUAUGCAUUCUCAAACUCAUUCUUUUGUGCUUUGUUGUCACCUGAGUGUCGAAAUGGACGACGAAUUCCACCAUGUCGACAGUUUUGUGAGGAUGUAAAAGAUGGUUGUGUAAAUACAACAUUCCCAGUUGACUGUGAUUCGCUACCAAAUUCAAACGAUCCCUCAAUAUGCGCAGUAAAUCCUUAUAAACCUGCCCAUUGUUAUGAAUAUAAGAAUGAAAGCUUUGCAAGAUGUUGGAGUAUGGGUUAUAAAACUACAGCUUUUCCUAAUUAUGCUGGAGAAAUUUCUGAAGGAGAAGCAGCCCAUUAUGUGAAUCUGUUAACCUCAAUCGAUGACGCCACAAGAUGUUAUAAACAUGCUUCCUUACUUGCCUGUUCAGCAUUCGUCCCGAAAUGCACUGGUAUAGAAGUCGUAGGUCAACACACUAUACCACCGUGCAAAAGUCUAUGUAAAGCCACAAAAGCUGGAUGUGAAGUAUUUAUGAACAUAUUCAGCAUGAUAUGGCCUGAAAAUCUUGACUGUGACGCCCUACCAGACGCAAAUGAUACAUCUAUUUGUAUUGGGUAUGCCGAAGCACACGAACCUAGAAAGAUUGGAGCGUGUCCCACAGAGCAGUUACGCUGUGACACGAAUGUGUGUAUUCCGUCAUCGUGGGUUUGUGAUGGUUACCAAGACUGCAAAGACAAUUCAGACGAAGAACUCUGUGCCAAGUGUCCAGUAGGACAGGAAAAAUGUCAUCCAGUUUCUGGACAGUGCAUAGGUACCAAUUUAGUAUGCGAUGGCGUUGGGGAUUGUUAUGAAAAUGUCGACGAAGCACAAUGCAUAAGACUUGGAGAUGGUACAAAUUCAGGCAUCUUACUAGUUAAAGAUGGUGUUAGUUCCCAUUGGCAGGAGGUUUGUUCUGAUAACUGGAAUGCAACAUUCAGUGAUAUGGUCUGUAAUCAGCUGGGCUACAAAGAUACGAAAUCAUUUGAAGCGACAAAUCCAGAUCAAAACCUAAAGUCAAUUAUUCAUAUAGAUCUGAAGAAUGGUUCUGACACUAUGGCUCUUCAAUCCUACCUACAAAAAUCUGUUGCUAGCUGUACUAGUGGAAAAGUUGUUCGGUUGUCUUGUGAAAAUGCAGUAUGUGGUAAUAGACCGGCAAAACAUCCGUCUCAGUUACGAAUUGUGAAUGGAGAUGUAGUCGACCCCGGAACAUGGCCUUCCCAGAUUUCAUUACACGGCGGUGAAAAUGAAGCUUAUUACUGUGGAGCAAGUUUGAUAGGCCAUAGCUGGGUCAUGACUGCUGGUCACUGUGUAGGCGGAAAUAAGGAUGCAUCGACAAUAACAUUGAAGAUAGGAGCAACUAGGCGAUAUGCAUAUUCAGCGUAUCGUCAAAUCAGAAAAGCUAAAAAUCUAUACCCACAUCCAGAGUACAACCCUAUCACAGUGGACAAUGAUAUAGCAUUGAUAGAAUUAGACGAACCUGUUUAUUUUAAUGACUACCUCCGGCCUAUCUGUCUACCUGAUCGUACUCAUGUGACACCAGCAGGAACAAGAUGUUAUGCGGUCGGAUGGGGUAGAAAAGAUGAAACAGCAACUGACUAUGAAAGAGCAUUAAAGGAAGUUAGUUUGAACAUAGAAAAUUGGGAUUCCUGUAAAAAUGCAAUAGAAAACUCUCCAGUAAAGUCAUCUUACAAACUGACAGAUAAUAUGAUAUGUGCUAGUGGAGGACCUGACCAUGAUGCAUGUCAGGGUGAUAGCGGUGGACCAUUAUUGUGUUCCAAAAACGCAACACUAGAUACUUGGUACUUAGCCGGAGUUAUUUCGUGGGGUAUAGGAUGUGCAGUAAAUGUUCCAGGUGUAUAUACUGAAGUACCACUGUAUGUCGACUGGGUCCGAGAGACUACGAAAGGGGCUGUUGGAUGAUUUCAAACUUUUAUUUUAUUUUUAUCAUAUACACCAUAAACACCAUAACGUUAUUAAUUGACAACUUUACUACCCGGAUUAACUAUAGAACAGUACUAGUAGAAGUCGUUAUCAUGGACAAUGUUAUAGACAGCGUCUACUUGUUCUUACACAUUUUUUAUUGGAACACGCACUAUACUGCAUAUAGUUAUACACAUAUUGAUAUUGAAAUUGUGCAUGAAAAUCUCAAAAAAGAUCUUUAUACUAUACAAAUAUUAUUGAUUAUCUAGUGGGAUAUUGCAGUAUGGAACUUUGAAAUGUAAGAACACUAGAUACAAUGACGUUUGACAGAAUGGUUUGAAAGAUUUUAAAAGUAUUAUAGAUGUAAUAGAUGCUCUUAAAAUUGAAACAAAAUAAAGAAAUCAUGUUUAAUAUGAUACAAAUAUCGCUUUUCUGGAUGACCAUGCGGUCAAACCCAAACAUUAUAAAAGCCAGAGUUAUAUAAGACCUUAUCAUGUGAUGAACUGUAAGAUGAAAAUAGACUUACAAAACUAUAACAGUAAUAAUAUAAUAAAGCGCCUAAUAAAAACAAGUUCAGGUAUUGAAAGCAUCUUUUAACUGCUGAACUGUUUGUAUGCAUGGUUGAGUAAAAGUGAAUAUUAGAUGGAGAGAUGCACAUGAGUAAGCAAGUUUUAAAACAAUAUUCAAAUUUAUAUGUUUCAAAUCAUAGUUAUCAUGGUUACCUUUUCAUUUGUAUUUCAUUUCUCAUAAUGUACGUUAUUUGUUUUACUAUGGACACAACACAUCACGAAAUUUGAUAAGUUUACAAAAUCAAACUUGUUGGUAUAACAGAUAUACCGCAUACAUUGAUGCACAACUGUAUUUUAAAUAUAUCAGUGCAAAUCAAAAAAAUAAAUACGAUCAAUUGUGAGCUCAAUUAUCUACAGGUCUUUAAAGAUUUAGAAGACGUACAGGUAAGCGUAUUAAAAGUUACAUUUCUGUUUGAUAACUAAUGAUAUCAUAUCUCAAAAAGCGAGUUUUCUCAGUGCAACCAGUCUGUAUACUUGUUUUGCAUAUUAGUUUGGUUGUUUUAAAUCUUCAGAUGAAAAUUAUAUCGAUGGCAUUUUGAUUUAUAAUCAUGUGUCUUAUUUGAAAAAUCAGUUAAUGUUGUAGAAUUAUUCUGUGAAUAUUAUUUAUUCUUGCUUUGUACAUAAUAUUAACAAACGAUUAAGAUUGCAUUGUUUUAUACCCAAAAUAUCAUAAGUUGUAUGUACCGUUAUUCCUUCAUCUAAUAAACAAUAAA